AUGCCUCACGCGAACACUGACGACAACCCAAAUGGCAUCAAUUGCCAGGACCUCGGCUCUGGACUAUGGAGACACCCGGCGCCGGAGUCAACUCAGAUGUGGAAAUUUUUACAGAUCGUAAAUAAAGAGAAGCAUCUUCAAUUGAAGGACUACAAUGAUCUGUACAAUUGGAGCAUAGAUAAGACAGCCGAUUUCUGGGAUGCUGUUUGGCGUUUUACCGGCAUCAAGGCCUCAGCCCCUUACGAUGAGGUUGGUGGACAGCUGGAAGAAUUGCGUGGGCAGGAGCGUCCAUUGACAUACAACAGGUCUUGCCAANAAGACGCCUCUAUGUUUCCGAGACCGUCCUUCUUCUGUGGGGCCAAGUUGAACUUUGCCGAGAAUCUGCUCUUCCCACCUCAAGCUCCCAGCUCAGAUAGUCCGGCCAUCGUUGCAGCCACCGAGACUGACAGAGAGACGGUGACAUGGGCCGAGUUGCGCGAGAAAGUCCGCCUUUGCCAAUCUGGCAUGCUUGCUACCGGCAUCAAGCCGGGAGACAGGGUCGCAGGUUACGUCGCGAAUCACACUAACGCUCUGGUCGCCAUGUUAGCUGCAACAUCACUCGGUGCCAUCUGGACAGCCAUCAGUCCAGAUACCGGCGUGACUGCUGUUCUGGAUCGCCUUACUCAGAUCGAGCCUGUCAUCUUGUUUGCAGACAACGCCAGCUUGUACAACGGCAAGACUCAUCCUACCAUGCCAAAAGUCCAAGAGAUCGGCUCUUCCAUACCCAGCUUACAAGCGCUCGUAAUCUUCUCCACCGUUUCAUCAGUAUCAGCACAAAUCGACGUAGCCUCCUUGGCGGGGAUUGUAGUGUCGUAUGAUAGCUUCGUCAAGAAGGACACUGCACCGCAAGAGAUCAUCUUCACCCAGCUGCCACCCGACCACCCCGUAUACAUUCUCUACAGCUCUGGUACGACUGGUGCGCCAAAGUGUAUUGUCCACGGUGCCAUUGGGACCCUGAUUCAGCACAAGAAGGAGCAUAUCCUGCACUGUGACAUUCUACCGGGAGACAGGUUGUUCUACUUUACGACAUGUACAUGGAUGAUGUGGCAUUGGCUGGUCUCGGGUCUGGCGAGCGGUGCAACGUUGGUACUGUAUGAUGGCUCACCGUUCAGGUACGCUUCAGAUGGCAAGUCUGUUGCGGACGACUUGGCCAUGGCAAGACUGAUUGACGAGUUGAACAUCACACAUUUUGGCACCUCAGCCAAGUACCUCUCAGUCCUGGAACAGAAGUCUGUUAUGCCCAAGGAGCAGGAUUUGUCACUGAAAACACUCAAAGCAAUCUACAGCACCGGUUCUCCUCUUGCUCCCUCGACCUUCCAAUAUGUCUACCAAGCGUUCGGCGCCGUAAACCUAGGAAGUAUUACUGGUGGCACAGGUAACAUCAAUCUCACUGACUCACACAACUCCGAGCUAAUCAGAAUACUUANNGAUAUUAUCUCCCUCUUCGGUGCUCCCUGCCCUCUGACCCCCGUCUACACAGGCGAGAUCCAAGUCCUUGGUCUCGGCAUGGCCGUCCGCGCCUGGGACUAUCUCGGCGCCGACGUGACCUUCACGGGCUCAGCCGGCGAUCUCGUCUGCACAAAACCUUUCCCUUGCCAACCUGUUCAAUUCUGGGGUCCCACUGGCGACUCCAAAUACCAAAGCUCCUACUUUGAGACUUUCCCUGGUGUAUGGCAUCAUGGCGAUUUCAUCCGCUUUAAUCCCAAGACUGGAGGACUCUAUAUGCUUGGACGCAGUGACGGCAUCCUUAAACCCUCUGGUGUGAGAUUUGGAAGUGCGGAGAUCUACAACAUUCUGCUCAAGCAUUUCCCCGAGAAGGUCGAAGAUGCGCUGUGCAUUGGCCGCCGCCGUGAGACCGACGACGACGAGACGGUCGUCCUGUUCCUGAAAAUGAAGGAGNGGGAAGUCUUUGACACUGACUUGGUCAAGAGCAUUCAGCAAGUCAUAAGGAUGGAACUUAGCGCUCGUCAUGUGCCUGGUAUUGUGGACGAGACGCCUGAGAUUCCCGUUACGACAAACGGGAAAAAGAUUGAGGCGGCAGUCAAGCAGAUCUUGUGUGGCAUGAAUGUCAAGACUUCAGCGUCGGUGGCUAAUGCUGGAUGUCUUGAUUGGUACAGAGAGUGGUCGAGCACGCACGUCUAG